GAAGAUCGAUGUGACACCUGCCUGAGUACACAAGACUCACCCUGCUUCCACCUGGCAGCCUGGCCCCGCCCCCUCCCCUGUGCAGAAGAAGAAGAGAGGAAGAAGAGUGAUCGGAGGAAGAAUGGUGGGGAGAUCGUGCAAUCAGGGGCUGCAACAUGUCAGGGGAUCCCUCCUCAUACUGUGCAUGAUCCCGUUCUGGUGCUCCACCAAGGAGACAACAUCCGUAACCAAACAAUCCCAACAAUACUUGAAUAACAAAGACUAUGUGACUUUUGAGAACUUUCCAAAGACUCUUGCCAAUGCAAACAUUUCCGUGAACUAUCUGUGUACCCGGCCUUGCACGGUGCACAUGGAUGUUGUGGCUUCCUCAGAGUUUAGAACUGGCAUUGUAGUAUUUAAGAAGUCCUGGAAGAACGAGAAACACGUCCAUGAGCUACAGAGCCGCUUGGUGGACUUGAUGCUUCCCAGUGUUAUGGUCUACAGGAGUGACGAUAGGCAGCACAGCAUAGACGUGUACUACGCCGCCCUCCGAGCUUGGGUGGUGCACGACGACCACAUGCCAAGGGACUCCAGACACAAUGAAACCAUUUUCUAUGCAGCAGCAAAGGCUUUUAAAGUGAUGGAUACCAGUCCACCACAUCAACGUCCUUACAAAGAUCACCAGAUAUGUAAGUCAUGGUACUCAGAGCACAGGUGGAGACGAAAAGAAAAAUCCAUAUCUGCAUGUCCAUUUGAAACAGGUAAGUCGAUGAUAUGCACUUCCGGUUUCCGAAAGAGGUCAUUAUACAUUGAAAUAUCUAAUCAGAAAACUUUCUUUUUGUAGCACCCUCCUAGUUCA